AUGAUUUUUAUCUAUAAAAUUUUUUAUUAUAAAAUUGAAUUUUGUUUCAAUUUAAGUGAUUAUAAAGAUAGAGUCCAGUAUGGAAGAAAUUGCACCUGAACUUUUAAAUUGAGAAUGCAAAGGAGGAACUUCUUGAGUAAACGGUUUUAUAGAUCUCCAAGUGCUAUAACUCCAGUAAGCAUAUCAAUCAAAAACUCCAGUAGAAUCUUGACUUAUGUAAAUCCAAAGAUAAUCCAUAGUCAAAUCUACAUGAGAUGAAUAAAUUAA